UGGCCCCUUCCCUGAGGAUCUAUGAGGAAAGGCAGAUGUUAUGGCUAAAUUGAGUGCAGCUGAGAAGCAGCGGCAUUACAGGCAGCGUAGGGAUGCUGAUCCCGAACGCAGAAAAGGAUAUUUGCAGAGCAGGAAGCAGGGCUAUACCAGAGAUGUUGAAAUGAAAAAGAGGAAAAGAGUGAGUGAGCUAAGUGAAAGAGAGAAGAGAGCACAACGAAAGGCAUGGAGAGUCCGUCAGCAACGGCACAGGGCAGGACUUAGAGCAGGAGCGGUGACCCCUCCAUCAUCACCAGACAGCAACCCAUCACCCAACGUUUCAAGACAACCACAACAAGGGAGGCGAGCACGUAGGAGAGAUGCACAAAGGAAUCAAAGAGAAAUAGAGAAACUGAAAGAUGAGGUCAUCCUUUGGAAACGCGGAUAUGAAAAGGCGAAGAAACGUAACAUACGACUUCAGCAUGCAAAUCUGGACAGUCCAGAAGUUAAAACACAAAACAUUCUUCAAGAGUUUAGACCCAAUGUCCUCGAACACCAUCACAGUGGGCAAUGGUGUGUUGUUCGCUAUGAUGAUGAACCCUACCCUGGCAUAAUAUUGAAGGUGGAGGAAAAUAAUGUGGAAGUCAAGUGCAUGCACCGAAAUGGAGUGAAUAAGUUCUUCUGGCCGAGUCCCAGAGAUGAUAUUAACUGGUAUCAUGAUGACCAGAUCAUGUGCCUGAUUCCAGAGCCCCUAGCACUGAAUAGGCAUUCAGCUGAAAUUGAUCAGAGGUUCUGGGAGAUCAUUCUGAGACAGCAAGACUGAAGACCGAAGUGAAGAUUCUCCUUUAAGAUUUUCUGGUAGAGAGCAGAAUUCAUGUUUCCCUCAAUUAUUGCAAGUUGCCCAGACCCUGAAGCAGCAAAGCAUCCCCACACCAUCACACUUCCACCACCAUGCUUCACUGUAGGUAUGAUGUUCUUUUUGUGGAAUUCUGUGUUUGGUUUACGUCAGAUGUAACGGGACCCCGUCUUCCAAACAGUUCCACUUUCAACUCAUCAGUCCACAGAACAUUCUCCCAAAAGGUUUAAGGAUCAUCAAGGUGUGUUUUAGCAAAAUUCAUAUAAGCCGUAAUGUUUUUCUGGGUUAGCAGUGGCUUUCACCUCGCCACUCUUCCAUGGAUGCCAUUUUUGCCCAGUGUCUUUCUGAUCGUGGAGUCAACAACAGUCAUCUUUAUGUAUGCAAGAGAGGCCUGUAGGUCCUCUGAUGUUGUCCUUGGCUCAUUUGUGACUUGCUGGAUGAGUACUUGCUGUGCUCUUGGAGGAAUUUUGGAAGGUCAGCCACUUCUGGGAAGGUUCACUACUGUGCCGAGUUUUUCCAUUUGGAGAUAACGGCUCUCACUGUGGUCCUUUGGAGUCCCAGAGCCUUUGAAAUAGCUUUGUAACCCUUCCCAGACUGAUGUAUUUCAAUCACCUUCCUCAUCAUUUCUGGAAUUUCUUUCAAUUUUGGCACAAUGUGUUACUUGGGUAAGACCUUUUAACCUUCAUGCUGUUGAAAAAUUUCUAUUUAAGUGUUGACUUGAUUGAACAGGGUUUACAAUAAUCAGGCCUGUUUGUGUUUAGUCCAGCUGAACCCCAUUAUGAAUGCAGUUUCAUAUAUUUGGGGAAUUUAAUUUUCACACAGGCCCAGUUGGUACUGGAUAACUUUU